GCAAACCUUUAUUGAUUUCUGCAUUUCAGAUCCAUUUUGCUCCUCUCUACUUCCUCGGGUUUCCGUUCUUCAAUGGAACUUUUCCUCCUCCGAAGUAUCCUCAAUUCCACCGUACUUUUCUUCCUGAUCGGAAUCUGCGCCGGCGAAGACCAGCAGUAUCUCAACUGCAGUCGCCGCUUCUCCUGCGGCGGAGGAGGAUUCGAAAACGUUGACUAUCCGUUUUCCGGAAGCGACCGUCCGUCGGUGUGCGGCGUAAGUCUUCUGAAGCUGCAGUGCCAUCCGCCGGAGAAUACAGUCACUAUAGACAUCGCCGGAGUAACCUUCCGCGUUAUCGAAAUCCGCACCGGCGAUAGCUCAAUGAGAAUCGCACAAAACGAGACGUUCGAGAACAUUUGCGCCGAGAGGUUCGCGAACGCUUCGUGGUUGAGUGAACGGAUCUUCGACGGAGGAGAUACGAAGUUGCAGUUCUCUCCGGCGGUUGAGAAUCUGUAUUUUCUCGAUUCGUGCGCCUCCAGUGUCGAUUUUCCUCUUAAAAAUCGAUUCAAUUGCAGUUUCAAUGGCACGAACAGAACAAAGUACGUCGUGGACGAACUGUUUUUCACCAGCACCAACACGAGUUACACGACGCUCUGCAAGCACAUCGCGGUUCCGGUGAUGAAGACGGCGUGGCAGGAGUUGCCGGCGAAUAAGUCGCCGACGGUUUCAGAUCUGGCGAAACUCGUGAGUAACGGAUUUGAGGUAGAGUACCGAUUGAACAACGCCACCAAUUGUCGGUUCUGUGUAGAACAUAAAGGAUUGUGCUGGUCAGGUACAAAUUCUGCAGUCGCUCCUCCUACCUGCCUUUUCUCCGAUGGUCCACGGCAGCUCGAUUGGCAAAAAGAUGAACCAUUAAACGUGGGGCGCAAAAUUGGCAUAGGUAUAGGAGCAGCUUCUUUUAGCGCCAUUGCAAUGGCGAUAAUCUUCCUCAUCUACCACCGUCGCUACAAGAAGCGCAUGACAGUAUCAUCCUUCGCAAUCCACGGCUCAUCUUCGCAUCCUCAACUCGCCAAAAAGUUAGAAACCAUCGGCAUCCAUCUCUUCUCCUACAUUGAGCUCGCCGACGCCACCGACAACUUCAGCUCCGAGAGGGCCCUCGGAGACGGCGGCUUCGGCGCCGUCUACAAAGGAAAACUCCAAGACGGCCGAACCGUCGCCGUCAAACGCCUCUACGAGUAUCACUACAAACGAGUCGAGCAUUUCAUGACCGAAGUCGAGAUCCUCACCGCCCUACGGCACCAAAACUUAGUGUCGCUCUACGGCUGCACUUCCUCCGACGACAAAGAGCUCCUCUUGGUCUACGAGUACAUCCCCAACGGCGUUCUCGCCGACCACCUCCACGGCCCCCUCGCGAAGCCCGGAUCGCUCUCGUGGAUCACACGAUUGAAAAUCGCGAUCGAAACGGCGAGCGCAUUGUCGUAUCUCCACGCGUCGGGGGUGAUCCACCGCGACGUGAAGAGCGCGAACAUCCUCCUCGACGACAACUUCUCGGUGAAAGUCGCCGACUUCGGGAUCUCCCGGAUCCAACCGUCGGGCGCGACGCACGUCUCGACGGGGCCUCAGGGCACGCCCGGGUACAUCGACCCGGAGUACACCGAGUUCUACCAGCUCACCGAGAAGAGCGACGUGUACAGCUUUGGUGUGGUGUUGAUCGAGCUGAUUUCGUCGAAGCCCGCCGUCGACAUAACGCGGGAUCGGAACGAGAUCAAUUUGGCGUCGCUGGCGAUCAACAGGAUCCAACGGCACGCGGUGCACGAGCUCGUGGAUCCGAAUAUCGGGUUCGGUUCGGAUUUCAGGGUUCGGGGGAUGGUGGGAGCCGUGGCCGAGUUGGGAUUUCAGUGCCUGCAGAUGGGGAGGGAUAUGAGGCCCCAAAUGAAGGAUGUGUUGGAGAGGCUGCAGGAAAUAAUGUCGAGUAAGGAUUAUGGGAGUGAGGAUUUUGUGGACAUUCGUAUACGUGAAGAUGAUAUGUUUAUGCUUAGCAGUGGCUCUCUUACGCUUUCGCCGGAGUCUCUACUUAGCUCGGAAUUGAAGUAGUUUUGGUGUUUGGUAAGUUCUUUAUGUGUUUAUUUUGGUUUUAUUUAUUUAUUUUUAUGAUGCGGGAAUCGAUGCUAUUUUUUAAAUAUAUUUUUGGUAAAUUUUUGGUCGAAUUUAAAGAGUUUACAAAUUAAGUCCGAUAAAACAACUCAUACUAAAUGAACCAUACGUGACCAAUAAAAUCUGAAAGCGUUAGAGAUUUGAACUCAUGACUUCACUGUCAUUAGUUCACUUCCACACCAUUAGUAAUUCUACAAGGGAUUUCAUAUUUGUUUAAUAACUAACAUUGGGAUUUUGGUGUGGGGAAUGGUUAGAAUGAUAGUUGAGAUAUAAUCCUACACUUUGUUGACAUGAAAUAUAGUAGAUGUGGUGUAGGUUAUUUUUGUAGCUAUGGAUUCAUAUGUUGUAGAUGAUUUUGGUGCUUUGAUAGUUUAUAUUUUAUGUGAUGUCAGUGUAGUAUUGAUUUGGUCCGUAACUGUUCUAAAAGCAUCAUAGCUGUGAAGAUGCUUAAAACACUUCGGAG